UGUGCUCAAUUUAAAUUUAUAUCAUGGUGUCAGUCUUUAUGCGUCGCUUUUUUGUUAAAAAAAGGAUUGGAUAUGCACAUGUGACAAUGUGGGGCUGUAGGAGGAUAUAAUGUUUUGGAUGUUGACCGGACUCAGAUUUGGACACGCAUUUUCUUAGAUCCCGGGCAAAAAAACGGCCCUUAUUAAGCACUUUUUUAAAUACUAAACAUAGGUUUCCCCUAUGACUGUCUCUAAACCUAGGGUUAAUAUUCAACCAAUAUAUGCGUAUGCCCCGUGCAAAUUUAAACACCGGCGAAGGUGCAUAUCCUGUUUAGCAAACUACACGUCCAAGUACCAUACCGAUAUAAAGACGUUACCACCUAAUAUCAAGGACAACUUGCUCAAAAUAAUGAGCAGUCAUGGCACUGUUACCGACACAAAUAUCAGUCAGAUGUUACAUUCUGGACUCCAGAAGCUGGACCUCCAGGACUGUAAAGUGUCAGACAGUGCUCUGAAGCAACUGAGUAACUGCAGACAACUGAAGGAAAUCGUUUUAAACUGCAGAAAAGAAAACUGUUUUAAUAUUUCUUCAGAAGGAAUUAAAGCGAUGGCUCUGGCGUGCCCCUAUCUGUGUGAGAUUGCUCUGUGGAGGUGCUGCAGUGUUUCAGAUGAAGGAAUCCUAGCCCUUGCACACAACUGCAGACUACUGCGCAUUUUGACCAUCAGUGGCUGCUCUGCAAUCACAGACGCCUCUCUACUGGCUCUGGGUCAAAACUGCAGCUUCUUGAACAGCAUCAACUUCUCAGUAACACAGGUUACAGACGAAGGAGUUAUCGGACUAGUUACUGGAGUGUGCUCUCAGAGCUUAAAGGAGAUUGACAUGGCUCGCUGUGUCUGUCUGACAGAUGAAGCUGUGGAGGCUGUUGUGACCUGUUGUCCUAAUAUAAGAAUCUUACUUUUCCAUGGAUGUCCACUGGUUACAGAUCGUGCAAGAGAAGCCCUGGAGCAGCUAGUCAGGCAAAAUAAACUGGCACAGUUGACAUGGACUGUAUACUAAACAGAAAAGCACUAUUUUCCCAUUGCUAGGGAAUGAGUUAUUUUUAUAUCUGUAUUUAUUAGCUGCGUAUGUUCAGGAGUAAUGUUUAACUUUCUUUUUGUGGAAACCAUUCUUAUUGUUGGAUGCCAACCAAAACUUUAAUUCCAAGAAUGUCUUCAGAUUUAUGGUACACUUUUUUAUGUUCUAUAUCUUUACAAAACGCCACACAAUUGUUUGACUGUAUCCAGUAGAACAAGUGCUACAUUUUGAAUCCUAACAUUGUUUAACCCUCUGAAGCAGUGGACACAUUUCUCAAGGGCAUUUUAUGUGAUAAAUAUUUGCAUGCUCACAGGGUCAGCAAAGUUCAAUGAUACCUACACAGUGCUUCACAGUAAUUUGCCAACACCCAUUCAUAGCGUAGCAGGUCUGUCAAGCUUUAGAUCCAAAAAUACAAUUGCUAGUACUUCUAUAAACGUGCAACACUUUGAAAACCAUUCUGGUCUGUUAAUUGCAUGAAUGCAUUAUCUUUCCAUAGAUAAUGUUUUGUAUAUGUCCAUGUAUGUCUCAGAAAGCUGUGUUGUUUAAAAAAAAAAAGAUGAUUAUGUGUGGGAAAGAUAUCUGAACAUAAGUUUAUUUUUUAACCUGUAACUUUGACUUCCAUCAGCCAAAUGUAAAACCUUAUUGUAUGAUGGCUUGCUAAAUUAAAAUGGAACCCCUUCUUA